UAGUGUGAUGACAGAGUUGUCAAAUUUGAAAAAUAAAUUAAAAAUAUUGCAUUAAAACAUGACUGAAAAUACAAAUAAAACUCAGGAUAUGAAUCAUUUGCAUGAACAGUUAGCUGUAGCACGACGAGAAAUAUCAAAUUUAAGACAACAAAUCAAGUCCUUGGGACAUAUUCAUCAAAAAGAAUGUGAUUCAUUACGACAAAUUGUGACCGAUUGGAAAUGUAAUGAUUGCCGAUUGAAAGUCAAUGAACCACCUGAACCGGCUACAGAAGCUAUUGAAUCAAUAUCGGAUGAUAUUACAUUGAAAACAAUUGGUGUAAUAUCUACACAAUUUCCAGAAAAACGAGGGACACCUCGACAGCCGGGUAUUAGUGCUGAUUCAAUUGCAAAGUUGACUAUUAAAAAUGAUAUUUUAACAAAUCCAAAUCAUGCUCUUGAGGGAUUAGAAGAAUUUUCACAUAUGUGGAUAAUUUUCUAUUUUCAUAAAAACGAUUCCACACAUAUUCGAGCAAAAGUAGCACCGCCUCGUUUAAAUGGAUUACGGACUGGUGUAUUUGCAUCACGAUCACCACAUAGACCAUCACCGAUAGGCUUAUCUUUAGUGAAAAUUGAAAGUAUUGAAAAUAAUAUUAUAUACUUUUCUGGCGUUGAUAUGAUUCACGAAACUCCAGUUAUCGAUAUUAAACCAUAUAUUCCACUGUACGAUUCUCCAUGUCAUAAUCCGUCAUGGACCCAAAGUCCAAGUUCUUCAACAUCACGAAGAUUAGAUGGUCGUGAAACAAAUUAUGAUUCUUUACCACAAUUUGAUGGUGAUGGAUCGGUGACAGAUACUUCUCCACGUUUAGAAAGACUUACAAUUCGACCAGAAAGUCGUAUGGGUGAACGUGAAGCACCUGACGGGGAAGAAGAUGUUGAGUUUUCAGGUGUAAGUGGAGGUGCAUCUGGUUUAUUACAACAGAGUAUUCCUGAAAACCCUGAUAUACGAGUUCCUAACUGGAUUAAUGAACCUCCAGUACAACAAUUACGAGUCGUAUUUAAUGAACGAGCUUUAUCUCAACUUCAAACAAUUAAAAAUCAAGAGGCGGAACAGACAAAAACAGUAAUCUGCAAUGUGCUAAGAGAAGACCCACGUUCAGUAUAUUUACGAACACGAUGGAGUAAUCAAUUUUAUACAUUUAGAAUUUGUGAAUUACAUGUAUCGUGUAAAUUUGAUGACAAUAAUCAUUCAGUUUCUGUAUUUCAAAUUCGUGAUGUAGAAGCAUUAAGUAAUGAAUAAUUUAUUUUAUUUUAUUUUAUU